CUGCAGCAGUGUGCAGUGAGAUAUAUGUAAUUUCUAGGCUGUUUACAUUUCUUGUUAUAUGUUGUUUUAAUUGAAUUUCCACUUUCCUAGAUGUUUCAUUUCUGCAUUUCUGCAUCUUUUUCUUAAUCCUUUUCUACAUAAAGUCCCAUAGGGCAGGUUAUGUGUUAAUGUAUAGGCAUAGAGAAAGCCAAGCCAAAGAGCAAACUGUAGGUCCACCCUACAUUGUUCCGAUUUGAAUAUUUUAAUCAAGUUCAUUGUCUGGUUUUCUGUUAAGACAUGGUCAGAGUACCAGCAACUCUAAUUGGGAAACAAUAACUUAAGAACAUAGCAAAAGAAUGAUCUAUGUUGGUUCAGUUUCUGCAUGCUUUAUAUAGAGAGAAAAAGCUUUCAGCUAUCAGUUUUAUCAAAGUUUCAGAGAGAGCGACAGAGAUUCAGAGAAAGAGAUAGAACUCCUAAGUUGUGCUUUUGACAAGCUUCUCAUCUAGAUUUUACAAGUGUGCUAUAUAAGGUGUAAUCUGCUCAAAGCCUCCAAUUGGUAAGUUAUUUCUUUCAGUAAUUUAAGUAUUAUGUAAUGCGAUAUACAUGUAACUCUGACAUACUUGCGAUGGAUCGUAUCCGUUAAUAGACAUAUCGACUGUUAUAAGAAAAUAGUUAUAUUUAUAAGUAUAUCUAAUUAACCUUUAAAGUAAUGUAGAUCAAUACGUAUUUCAUUUUGUUAUAGUAUUAAGAGUCCUUGGUAGUAUAGUAUUUGUAUGAAUAGUGAAGUUUAUUCUUUAGUGCUUUAGUGAUUAGUUUCAGUUGUUACACAUACAUUAUGAUUUAUUAUAUGUUUCUUUGUUUGUUUUUGCAAUAUUUUAUCUCAAUCUUGGUUCGUCUGGGAUGAUGAAAUAAAGCACCAUUUCACAUAAGCCAACGCCAUUUUUGUGAAUAUAUUUCUUUUGGAGCGUAUUGACUUUGAAACUCCGCAUUGGUUACCAAGGGUAAAGUGCGGCAGUCACAAUAAAAUACAAGUGCUUAAAGCAGUUCGUGACAGAACACCAGCAGUCCUGGCUUUUAGGAGAAACUGAGAGGGAAGAUGUCGGCUGUAGAAGAGUCUAACUUAGUAGAAGAGAUACGUGAAGAUAGAUCUCCUCGAAGUGAGAUAAGUGUUCACAGUAUGAAGAGUAGAACUAGCCAAGUGGCUAAGAGUCAUGCAAGUUCUCUUCAGUCAGUGAAGAGUGAGAGACUGUCCAUCAAGAAACAUGAAGCCUCUCUUAAGGUUAAGCAGUCAUUUGAAGAUGACCAUCUUAAACUGUUGCAGCAAGAAACAGAAGUCGAACAACUUUUUAGAAAGCGACGGAUAGCUCUUCAACAGCAACUAGAUAAGGAAGAAGCUACCUUUAAACGGCAACAGAAGGAGAUUGCAAUGAGAAAGGAUCGCCUAGCUAGACGCGAGCGUUUAGCUCAAUUGACUGCCAUAAAGCAAGUAUUAGAGGAAUUUGAAGAUGAAGAAUUGGGCGAAAGUGAUUCAGAGAUUUCAUUUAGAGGAAUGAGAAAGGAAGAGAAGAGUGAGAGGAUGCAGAGAUUCUUUGAUUCACAAGAAAAGAUCCACCCCCAUCAGUCAGAAAAGACAGGAGUUCAUCAGAAAACCGAGGCAGUAUCUGAUCUCAGUAACCCAUGGGUGCCAGCUGGGUUGGACAGUUUAGUAUCAUCGUUAGAAGCUUGUGUAGCCCAAAUCACCCGCAUUGCUAUUGGACAAAGUGAAGUAAGUAACCAGUUGGCAGCAACUAGCCAACUACCAAAUAUUGAUGUUCCAAUGUUUAGUGGUGAACCGAUGAAUUAUCUAUUGUGGAAGAAUGCAUUUGAUUGCAUGGUGGAUGCUAAGCCAAUCAGUGACUCUAAUAAAUUGAACUACUUGAACACCUACGUUUGUGGAAAAGCUAAAGAAAUUGUUGAACACUAUUUGUUAUUAGGAGAGGACGAUGGUUAUCAGAAGGCUCGUGCGGAAAUUGAUAGGAGGUUUGGCAACCCAAGUGCUCUCAGUGUUGCUUACACCAGAAAGCUCUGUUCGUGGCCACGUAUUGCAAGUAAAGAUGCAAGUGGAUUGAGAGACUUUUCCGACUUCUUGCAGAAGGUCUUGUCAGCCAAGACGAAGGUCAAGAAUCUAGGAAUCCUGGACUUUCCCCAAGAGAAUGCAAAGCUCGUAGCAAAGUUGCCAGAGUACUUGGAAGAUGAAUGGCGAGAGGAAAUUGAUAGAUGGCGCGAAACUAAUAGCCCCCAGAGUUAUCCAUCGUUCUCGUGUUUCGUUGGUUUUGUGAAGAAAGCAGCUGACAGAGCGAACAUUCCUGAGUUGGAACCUUUAAGGUUAAACCUAUCAAGGCGAUCUCCAAAUGGAAAUGCACGGAUCUUUUGCAUCUCUGGGCUGGAGGAUGAAAGCUCCAUAUGUCCUUUCUGUGAUGGAAGCCAUCACCUCGAAUCAUGUUCUAGUUUCUUGAUGAAAUCUAUUGAAGAGAGGAAAUUAUUCUUUUUGAAAAGAAAGUUGUGUUUUGGUUGCGCUCUUACAGAUCAACAUCAUGGUAAAGAAUGUAGAAACAAGAGAGUGUGUAGAAUCUGUGGAGGUAGACACCUUACAUGUCUACAUGAAGAUAGGUCAAAGAAGACAGAAGACCAGGGAAUUCCCAAUCAAGGAGCCAACAACACAAAAUGAACAUUUGAUUUGAUUUGAUGUAAUUCGUUGUUUUCCACUUUCUUAUCUCUUUCAAUCUCUUCUCUCCCUUUUCUUGUUUCCUUUCCAUUAUUAGUCUAAUCAUUUCGCUAGAGUUGUCAUUUCAGUUUUUCAUAUUUUCGAUCUUUCCUGCUUUUAUAGUUUUCUUGUUCACAUUCUAGUCUUUAUCUUCUUUCUAAUUUUAUAGCUCUCUUUACUUCCAGUUUUUCUGUACAUAUGCAUUAGUAAUUGAUUUGAUUUCUUUUGUUUGUUGAAUCUGCUGGCAUGCAUGCCGUUACAGUAUAUGAUUUUAUACUUAAUGCUUAAUGGCUAAUAUUUCUUAGUGUAUCCAAAGUAGUUUAAGAAGAUAUGUCUUAAUUUUGUUGUGCCUGACAGCAACGGGAUUGGAAUGUUAUGGUUCACAUUUUUUGUUAUUAAGUUCAAUAAUGAUAGGUGAUCAGUUAAAGUAUCUUACAUGUAUAUAUACGAUUUUGAGUUUAUUGGUUGAUUUUAGAUAUUCAGACAUAAUUGAUGUUGUGUGUGUUUAAGUUAAGUAACUGAUGGCAAUCAGUUAAAGGAGCCAUGUCACUGCAGCAGUGUGCAGUGAGAUAUAUGUAAUUUCUAGGCUGUUUACAUUUCUUGUUAUAUGUUGUUUUAAUUGAAUUUCCACUUUCCUAGAUGUUUCAUUUCUGCAUUUCUGCAUCUUUUUCUUAAUCCUUUUCUACAUAAAGUCCCAUAGGGCAGGUUAUGUGUUAAUGUAUAGGCAUAGAGAAAGCCAAGCCAAAGAGCAAACUGUAGGUCCACCCUACAUUGUUCCGAUUUGAAUAUCUUAAUCGAGUUCAUUGUCUGGUUUUCUGUUAAGACAUGGUCAGAGUACCAGCAACUCUAAUUGGGAAACAAUAACUUAAGAACAUAGCAAAAGAAUGAUCUAUGUUGGUUCAGUUUCUGCAUGCUUUAUAUAGAGAGAAAAAGCUUUCAGCUAUCAGUUUUAUCAAAGUUUCAGAGAGAGCGACAGAGAUUCAGAGAAAGAGAUAGAACUCCUAAGUUGUGCUUUUGACAAGCUUCUCAUCUAGAUUUUACAAGUGUGCUAUAUAAGGUGUAAUCUGCUUAAAGCCUCCAAUUGUAUUUUAUCUCAAUCUUGGUUCGUCUGGGAUGAUGAAAUAAAGCACCAUUUCACAUAAGCCAA